UUCAACUGUGUGUAAGUACUGACCAUUUUACAUUUCAUACUCUUAAAGAGUGAAUUGAGCCAGUAGACAAAUACCAAAGACGUGCUUGUAAGGUUAAAAGAAACUGCAAAUGCCUUGGUGUAUGGCUUUUCACUGAAAGCAAAAGCUGUCUUCCAUAGGUUAUGAACGUAGCACGCAAAGAAAUGUACUUACUCGACCCAUUGCUGUCGGCGUCCAAGUCAGGAUUUGGAGGAUACCUGCCAGUCCUAAGGAGUGUAAGCCAGACCAUUUAUCAAGGCCAGUGGACGGAAAAGACGGGCAGGGACUUGAAGGGCUUUCCAAAGCAGCCCUUCGGAAACGACUGUGGCAUUUUCAUGCUGAUGUCUGCCCUCUACUUGGUCUUGGAUGGUCAAUUUGAUUAUUCCGUGCACGAUAUGCCAGUGUUGCGCAGAUGGUGGUGCCUGUUGCUCCUCGAGAACCAUGGCCUAGACAGUCACGGUAAAGUAUUUGCGCACUGGACAAGAGAAUGCCAAGCACUCCUCACUGGAAAACACUCACCCAUCUUCAGGUUGAAGAGGAAAAGGGAUGAAAUUAUAUCGAAGGAAACCCGCUCGGUAAAGGAGAGGGAGCAGUUCAACAGGGCCAGGAAGAUUGUGGAGAGGAUCACUGCAGACCAACUGCGAUCUUUGGUGAAAAACUACUACCAGCGCUGCACCAUCCUCCCUGGAAAGUCUUUCCCCCACCCGUGCAGUCAGGCACGAGUCAGGAGUAUCCAAGAGACCCAGGAGUAUCCAAUCCACCAGCUCUUCAUCCUCUGUGGGCCACACAGGCCAGGAAAAUCUCUCAACGAGUGAGUUUGAUGUAGCCCCAGAUGCAAAUCUGGCCACGAAUCUCACAGCAUUGGCAGAUAUCAGCCAGGAUCUCAUUGCCAUCCCUGCUGAAGAACUGUUUACAUCCCAGCAAACACAAGAGGUUAAUAUCAAUGUAGUAACCAACUAACUGUGCAUUGUCCCUGCGCAGUCUGCGUUGUCUCCAGGCCUGUGAAUCCGCUCCUUGUUACUGACUUUAACAACAAUAAUUGUAAACGUUUUGACAUGAGAGGACCAUAAUUAUUCUUUUCACUUCUGAAUGAACUUCAUAUAACUCACCCAGACCAAUUUGUACAAUUAAUCUUUGGUGUUUCCUGUCAGCAGUGUGAUUUGUCAGAGGAGAUAGAUGCCCUGCUGGCUUCUCUUUUAGAUGGUGAAACACAUAUUCCAGCAAACACCGGAUGUGAACACUUUCAGGCCCCGUCUUGAAACCAUCAAUUUUGAACAGUGGGAUGGCCUUUGAAAUCAAGACUGAUCUCAUCCACCUGCUCCUCCUCCUCAUCAUCACCAUUCACCCACUUCUACACAAUCUGCAUCUUGCACAAUUAAUUUUCAGUAUUACUUUUUGCACUUUACAUCCCACUCGUAUGCACAUUGUCUUAUAUCUUAUUUUUAUUAUUUGUAUAUUAUGUUGAUAUGUGCCGAUGCGUGUGUAUUGUAUUUUCUAUUGGCUUUUUUGUACAGAAAGUUUACCUUUAUUUUUUAUUUACUUAUUUCUGUUUCUAUUUAUUUGUAAGUAAAUAAAGACACAAGUUCAAAACAAAGUUCUUCGGUUUGGAUAGAAAAGGUUGUCUUCCAGUAACUCCAGCCGUUUCUGUCUGAGAAUGAGAUGUUAGACAUCUUCUAGUCUGUAUUAAUACCUGGACUUGUAUAUA